GAUCAUGGACAGGCUAUGCCUGGAAGUGAAGGGAUCAGUAGGACAGAGGGUAACACUGAUGACUGGUUCAUUGGUGGAAAUGCCUCUGAUGAAGGCCCCAAAGGUGAAGGUACCAAAAGGACAUUAACCACUGGUGUUGAUGUUGUCAUGAACCAUCACUUGCAGGAAACCAGAUUCACAAAAGAAGCAUAUAAGAAGUACAUAAAAGAUUACAUAAAGUCAAUCAACGGCAAACUUGAAGAACAGAGGCCAGAAAGACUAACAACUUUUAUGAGAGGGACUGCAAAACAAAUCAAGCACACCCUUGCUAAUUUCAAAAACUACCAGUUCUUUAUUGGUGAAAACAUGAAUCUAGAUGGCAUGGUUGCUCUGUUGGACUAUUGUGAGAAUAGUGUGACCUCAUACCUGAUUUUUUUAAAUGAUGGUUUAGAAAUGGAAAAAUGUUGGGGCACCUGAGUGGCUCAGUUGGUUGAGCGUCCGACUUCAGCUCAGGUCAUGAUCUUCUGGUCUGUGAGUUCGAGCCCCACAUCAGGCUCUGUGCUGACAGCUCAGAGCCUGGAGUCUGCUUUGGAUUCUGUGUCUCCCGCUCUCUGCUCCUGCCCU